UGUUCUGGAUAUUGAUAAGAGAUGGACUGUGACCUUAUUGCAGUUCAUUGAGAGAUAAAGUUACACGAUUAACAACAAUAUAAAUACCCGAAACGAUCAAACUCUUUAGAAAACAGAAUAUUUUUUCAGCCAAAGACCUUUGUGGACACAUCUGACUCUCACGGACUUGAAGAGGGCAUGAGCAAUGGCAGAAUCAAUUGAAGAAACAAAGAGAAAGAGUAUAGACUCUAUACAUCCAGUCAUGUCAUCCUCCAGUGGUCCACUGACUGAGGAGCUUCAGUGCUCUAUAUGUCUGGAUGUGUUCACUGAUCCAGUCAGCACUCCAUGUGGACACAACUUCUGCAAGACCUGUCUGAAUAAGUGCUGGGACAACAGUCAGACCUGCAGCUGUCCAUACUGUAAAUAUACAUUCAAGCAAAGACCUGAUCUCAAGAUUAAUACCACACUCAGAGAGAUCGUAGAUCACUAUAAACAGAAAAGUCCUGAGGAUAAAACCGAAGUUCUGUGUGAUUUCUGUGAGGAAAGAAAGCUGAAAGCCCUGAAGUCAUGUCUGGUGUGUCAGAGCUCUUACUGUGAAACUCACCUGCAGCCUCAUUUAAGAGUGGCAGGUUUAAAGAAACACAAACUGAUGGAUCCUGUGAGAAACCUGGAGGACUAUAUAUGUCAGAAACAUGAGAGACCUCUGGAGCUGUUCUGCAGAGAUGAUCAGACGAGUGUGUGUUCAAUGUGCACUGCGACAGACCACAAGAACCACAACACUGUUCCUCUAGAAGAAGAGAGUCAAGAGAAGAAGACUCAACUGAUGAAGACACAGAAAGAUGUGCAGCAGAUGAUCCAGGACAGAAUUCAGAAGAUUCAAGACAUCAAACACUCAGCAGAAGCCAGAAAAAGAAAUACAGAGAAGGAGAAAGCAGCUUGUGCUGAGCUCUUUACUGAUUUCAUCCGCUCCAUUGAGAGAUGUCAGACUGAACUACUGGAGAUGAUGGAGGAGCAGCAGAAAUCAGCAGAGAAACAGGAGCAAGAGCUCAUUAAAGAUCUGGAGCAGGAGAUCAGUGAGCUAAAGAUGAGAAACACUGAGCUGGAGCAGCUCUCACACACUGAAGAUCACCUCCACCUCCUACAGAUUUCCUCAGCCCUGCGCAGUCUUAAAAACACCAGGAACUGGCCUGAGAUCAGUGUGAAGACUCAUGAGAAUCUGAAGACUCUGAGGAGAGCUCUGACUCAACUGCAGGAAACUCUAGAUGAGAAACUGACGCAAACUGUUUCCACAGAGCUGAAGUGGAUGCAACAGUACGCAGUGGAUGUGACUCUGGAUCCUGAUACAGCUCAUCCUAGACUCAUCCUGUCUGAUGAUGGAAAACAAGUGAAAGACGGAAACGUUUAUCAAAAAAUCCUAGACAAACCGGAAAGAUUUGAUACAUGCGUAAAUGUCCUGGGAAAGCAGGGAUUAUCCUCAGGGAGAUUUUAUUUUGAGGUGCAGGUGAAGGAAAAGACUGAAUGGGAUUUAGGAGUGGUCAGUGAAUCCAUUAACAGGAAGGGAAAGAUCACUGCUAGUCCGAAAACUGGAUUCUGGACUGUGGUUCUGAGGUAUGGGAAUGAAUAUAAGGCUGGUGCUGGUCCUUAUGUCCCUCUGUCUCUAAGAGUGAAGCCACAGCGGAUCGGUGUGUUUGUGGAUUAUGAGGAGGGUCUGAUCUCAUUUUAUGAUGUGGAGUCCAGCUUUCAUAUAUACUCUUUCACUGGUCAGUCUUUCACUGGAAAACUCUAUCCAUAUUUUAGCCCCUCCUUAAACUACAAGGGUAAUAACUCAAGCCCACUGAUCAUCACUCCUGUCAAUUACUAUAAAUGAUUUUUUCCAAAAAUGUCAUAAAUACUGAUGCUUAUUUCCUUGAACCUGAACAUUUGAAAGAAGAUACAGUUGAGCAUAUCCACAGGCAGGGGCUCAAACUAACUUUUGUCCCAACAUUUUACGGUCAUUUAAGACUUUAUAAAUCAUUUAAGACCACGUUUACAAGGUAACUCAACAAGACUGAGAAAUUUGACAUAAUUGUGUGUGUUUUAGUGCAUUUAAGCUCUACUGGUGCACUGUCUAAAGUGGCUCAGAAUGCAGCCAAAUGCGCAGCCUUUCAGACUAUACUUCACUGCACCGUUUAGGCGGCGUGACCCCAGGUAUGUGUCGCCAAAUUCUCGGGUUAUGAAGAAUAAAGAAGGGAAAAGUUAAUCUUCCGAAAUGAAGCAGCAAAAUCUUCUCAGGUAAAAGUUAUUAGAACCGUGUCUAGGGACCAGCUGGCCAUCACUGCUCUGACUUUAUCAGUCCAUUUGUAUCCUAUUAUUUGAUUUGCUCUCGUCAAUUACGACAGAACAGCUAAUCACGAUGAUAUUGUCUUCGGAAAAUAUGAUUUUAUUCACUUAUGUCAGAAACAGCAAAUCUCUUUAAAAACUGGCUGUUGUUUUCACUUCAUUGCAUUGUUAUAAUUCAUAAAAGUUGUACUUUAUAUCAGCUGAAAGCAAACGGCGUACGCUAUUCUUUCAGUGGCGACACAUGGAUAGGUUUUCUAAGUGUAUUUAUGCUUUGUUUUUGAAUGAAAACAGUGCAUCCCUACAGCGCGGCUGACCCAGAAGAUAGUGUCAGUGUAUUUGUUGCCGUUUUAGAAAAUGGAUUUAACAUUCAACAUGAGACCAUAGUCUGGACUAUUUUUUGAUUGUUCCUGGUUAGGAAGAGUCUGGUGUUUGAGAGAUGUGGCUUAAUUUUUUUCAUUUCAAGAGGCUGGUUUAAUAAUUUGCUAUUAGCCAUCUUCAGCUAUGGACAGUGAUUGGACAUUGAUAUACUUUUGUAUUUAAUAAAUCCACUGAACUGAAAUCCCCUUGACUACUGUACAUUUUUGACAAUAUAGACAUUAGUAUGUGGUGACUGCAUUAAUUUCAGAUGUAUAAUAACUGUUUUUCCCAAAGACUUAGCUUUAGUAGCUAUAGUAGCUGAAAUGUAUUUUAAGUGAAACAGUUUUAUUGUUAUAGAUUGGGGCGAAUCCUGUUCAUGGAGAUAUACCUUCCCACAGAGUUCAGUUCCAACCCUGAUUAAACAAACCUGUCUGUAAUUUUCAAGUGCUCCUUCACAUCCUAAUUAGUUAUUUCAGGUGUGUUUGGGCCAGAGACAGGGCUAGCACUAAGGGGCCAAAGUUUUGCCAAUGAGAAAAAUCUCAGAUGCCUUGCACUGGCAGCCCACUGGGGCCUGUAAAGGGCCAGUGCAGGAUUGUUUGCAGGGGAUGAGCCCUUCCGAAUGGAACGUGGAAGUGAUGCCAAACAGCUUCCCUGUGCAAAGGAUCAUGGGGGCCUGCAGUGUCCAUCAGUUGUACCCAUUGAAAUCCUUCAUUCUGACAGAAUGGCCCUUUGAAGAGGCCAGUUUUGAGACCUUCGGUUUGGAAUGACCCUUAAAUAUGGCGGCCAAUGACUGUUUUCACUCUGAAGGCCGGAGGGUGAAAUAUCCCAUUUAGAACGCACCAUGGUCCAUUUGUUGUGGCCACAAUAUAUUAAACUCAGCUCCUAGAGGGCCACAGUCUACUAACUUCACAGAGUUUAGUUCCAGCCUUGCUCCAACAAACAUUCCUGGGCUGCGUUCAGUGCCAACAAAAUAGUGCAAAACAGUUUUUAAAUGGAAAGAUUGGUGCAUUGAACACCCUGUUCUGCUGAGACAAGAGUUGCAACUAUGGCAGCUGAGAAGGCCAUUCUUUGUGUUCUUUUUGAAGAAUUUCCAGAGGCUGAUGAAAUCAGUAUAAAUAGGUGUUUAAUACUGCAAAAUACACCUGAUGUUACAGUCACUGACCUUGCUGUCCAGAAUAAAAGAGAACAUCCCAAUCGAGUGAAGGGAUUUGUGAUUCCUAAUUAUUGUGAUCAGGAUGAAAAGACAAAUAUUUCCAGUGAAAGAUAAUCCACUCCUUACCUCCGAGACUGUGUGAUCUAUAUGACUUUAUUAUUUUUAUUGUGAGUUUUAGGCUUAGCAAUAUUGCUGAUCACUGUUGUUGUGCUAUGAUAUAUAAUAUUUACCAUUAUAUAAUUAGAGGUGUAUAGAAAAGUUCAUGAAAGUGUC